CGUCAAGUGUAGCACACAACUACCAUCCCAACCAACAAAAACAAUAGUAAUACUAUAUACGCUACAGUUGCGGUCUCCCGUGUUCUAACAAAAACAGCCAACUUCACUGGACCAUUGUGCAAACGGCAAAAACAGCUCGGUACGUGCGCACACACAACGAACGCGGCAACAAUAAACCAACAUAAAUAGCAAGGAAGUGAGAGGCCAUCAAAACAACGACCCCAACUAUGUCUGACAAGAAAAGCAACAGCAGCAGCAACAACAAUACGAAUGUUGCCAGUGCCAUAACGCCGGAUCUCCUGAGUAAGUGGAGAGAGAACUUCUACGCGGAGCCGAAGAACGUAUUGGCGCAGAAUGUUUGCUCCCGUGUUGAUCCCUUCGAAGUUUGCCUGUCGCGCAAGGCGCUGGAAACGACCAAUCAUGUGUUCAACUAUAAGGUCGAAACGGAAGGAAAGCCAGUAACCAAUCAGCGUAGCUCCGGUCGCUGUUGGCUUUUUGCGGCACUGAAUUGCAUACGCCUGCCCUUCAUGAAGAACUACAAUCUCGAUGAGUUCGAAUUCUCACAAGCCUUCCUCUUCUAUUGGGACAAAAUCGAGCGUUGCAAUUAUUUCUUGAAUAACAUUGUGAAGACGGCGAAGCGCGGCGAGAAGGUGGACGGACGCCUGGUCUCGUUCCUUCUGCUCGACCCCACCUCUGAUGGCGGCCAGUGGGACAUGCUGGUGAAUCUGAUAACCAAACACGGUCUGAUGCCAAAGAAAUGCUUUCCCGAGAGCUUUAGCUGCGAGUCCAGCAUACGCAUGAACGCCAUACUGAAGAGCAAGUUGCGCGAAUACGCAUGCGCUUUGCGAGUGCUGAUGGAAAAUAAUCCCAGCGAGGAGGAGAUCAACAGUAAGAUUCAGGAACAAAUGGCAGAGGUCUAUAAGGUGGUCGGCAUCUGCCUCGGCAUACCCGCCGAAACCUUCACCUGGGAAUACUACGACAAGUCGAAAAAUUAUCAGUUCAUAGGGCCGGUCACUGCGCUGGAGUUUUACGAGCGCUAUGUAAAGCCCCACUUCAAUGUGGAGGAUAAAGUGUGUCUGGUGACCGAUCCCCGUUCCAGCAGUAGCUACGAUCAGGCCUACACUGUUGACUGUUUGGGCAAUGUUGUCGGUGGACGACCCGUGCUUUACAAUAACCAGCCGGUAGAUAUGCUUCUCGCUAUGGUCACUAAAUCGCUGAAGGCCGGCGAAGCCGUAUGGUUUGGCUGUGAGGUUAGCAAGCGCUUUGCUUCCAAGCAGGGUAUCGAGGAUACGGACGUCCAUGAUUUCAAGCUGGUCUUUGACAUCGAUAUACAAACGACCCUCAGCAAGGCCGAUCGUUUGGUCUAUGGUGAGUCUGCCAUGACGCAUGCCAUGGUCUUCACAGCGGUCUCCGUGGAUAAAAACGGAACUGCCGAGAAACUGCGCGUGGAAAACUCGUGGGGUGAGGAGCGCGGCGAGAAGGGCUAUUUGGUUAUGUGCGCCGACUGGUUUAGAGAGUUCGGCUUUGAGGUCGUUGUGGAUAAGAAGUAUGUGCCCGAGGAGGUGCUGCGAGUAUUUGAUAUGGAUCCCAUUGUACUGCCCGCCUGGGAUCCUAUGGGAACGCUGGCGCAACAGUAAAAUGAGAAACGCAUGCAAGGCGAAUUAAAAAGCUUUAUGAGUACCACAACCGGCAGACCGCAUACAUACAUACAAUUACACGCAUGCAUAUACAACUAUACAUACAUACAACAUAUACAUAUAUAUAUAUAUAUACAAACGAGCCAAGCAAUCUAAAUUCUUUGUACAUUUUUGUGGCAGAUUUCACAUCAAACUAUUUGUAUCUACUUUGUUUUGUUUUAAAUUAAAAGCGCCAAUUAUUUGUCAACUAAGCCAAACACCCACCCAUACACACACACACACACACACAUACACUUAUAUAUAUACACAGGCGUCAAUUUUUUUGAUAAUAUAUACUGUAGCGUAAGUAAAAAGUGGUAAUGAGUUGUUUUCACGCAUGGUUUUUUUAUUGUAUAUCUUUUAUUUCAUUGUUUUUUUUGCGCAAUUUUGAAAAAAUGUCCAAUACAAAUAUAAAAUCUAUGAAUUUAUCCAACAA